UAAGAACUUGGGCAUUUUGCAAAGCAUUCCUUUAAUUUGUGGAUGCUCUGUAGUCACAGAUGUGUAAGCAAGUUCUGCCCCCAUCCAGGACAAGAGAUCAUUGCCCGCAUUUCUCCACCGCCACCACCUUCUCAGUUUCAUUCACUGCUUCCUGCCUGGCCAGGCGAAAAACUGGCGAGGAAAAACCAAGCCUUGGCACGCAAACACCGGGCACAGUCACACCCUUUCUUGAAGCUAUCCUAGUCAAAGACUAAGAAAAUCCUGGACUCUGAAGUUCUGCUGCCAUGAAAACCUCAAGAUCUCUCCUCCAUGGCUACAACAAAUCCUUUGGCCUCAUUAUCCUUUUUACUAUGGGCACUGUUUGGGGUACAGACAUGCCAACAGUGAAACCUGUCACCACAGUGCAUCUACUGGUACCUGUUAAAACUACAUCUGUGCCUCACAUUGCCAUAGCUGAACAAAAGGAGGAUGUACAAAUCACACAUGAUCCAGAGGAGCAUUCAGAUGUCCCAUUGGCAUCUCCCACAGUGCCCAAGCUACCAACUGAAUCACCUUCCAGCAUACCCAGCAGCAAGGACACAACCCUAGAGCCCAAACUGCAUCCUAAGCAAGCCCUUGCUGUGACCACACUUUUGACCUCACAUCCUGAAAAAAAGGCCACUUCCACCACUGUAUCACCUCAUUCUGAACCAGAAGGCACUUCAGCUACACAAAGAAUUCCUGAGGAUAUUUCCGACAUGUCCACUUUACCUGACCAGGUAACCCCCCAUAUCCAUGGCCAUGUCACUGUGGGAGAAAAAUACCCAGCAGCAAUUGGCAAAAAUUCCAGUGAAACAACUGGUACUGUCAGCACUGCCUUGAGGGUUACAUCUGGGCCAGAACCAUCUGAAAAGACAACUCAGACUAAGGAAGAAACAGAGAUGACAACCACACCAUCACAAAAUAUAUUGGACACCAUCACAACCGGUGCUGCGGAUGAAAAACCAGAACCUGAUUCAGCUGGUGCAAACUCUUCAGGGAACAACUACAUCAUCAUAAUCGUGGCAGUAGCCUUUUGCCUCCUGUGUCUUCUGGCUAUCAUUGCUUUUCUGUACCAUAGACGCAGAUACCGGUCUGGAUCUACCAGCUUCAACACAGCAGAGUGGGCAGGGCAGGUGGCAUUACCAGAUGAUUCUGGUUUGGAUAGGGACAUAGAACCAGGGUCAGUGACUGUCUCAGGGGAUGGAGAGACAAGGCGUAACACCUUGGUUACAUUCUUUGGUAAACGUCAGUCUAGGGUACCCUCAGUAGCCAUGGAAGAUAUCAGUGGUAAAAGAGAGAGAGAGGAGUGCCAGCAGCUGCUUGAUGGAGAUGCCAGCAUAGGCUCUGGUCCAGAAGGAUCGGAGGAAGCGAAUGGUAAAUUACCAGAGCCCACCAUGCAGUCUUCUGAGGAGACCUCCACUCCAAACAAACCAGAAGGAAGCUCUUCCUAAACAACUAGUACAGGCCAAACCAACAUCACUGCCACCAACCUCUUCCCUUCCCCGUCCCACUAGAUCACAGCACUUGCUCUGCUUAUAUUCAUCCCCACUUCUUGGUCCAUUGUAUGUGGGCGGAGGAGAGGAGGAGCAAAAGAGAGAAACUCUUAUUUCACCACCAUUAUUCAGAGAUGCCUGACCACAUCCUUUUUCCUGUUUGCAUGGUAUCUGCAGGGUGGAAACAAUUACAGAGAUAAAUCAGGAGUCUGGGUUUUCCAGUCACUUUCACAACAGAUUCACCAAACCCUGUGUUCAUUCUAGAAGAUAAUAGGUGGAAUUUUUGUAAGGCCUUCUUUGAGAUCAAUGUGUGUGUUUAUAAAGGGAGAAACCAGGUCUGCAAAGAGAAGAGAGACUGUGGUGGAAUAAUGAGCUCUGGCAUAACUUUCAGUUUGUAGCAGGAAAUUUGGAUCACCAUGUUCAAAAAGUAUGCAAAUUCAAAAUGCUCCAAUUUGCUUAAGGUUACUUAAUAUAAAAACUGCUUUUUGAACAAAUGAGAGGGGAGAUGCUGAAGCAAAGCAGCUAGGGACAGAGGGAGGAAUGGGUUAAAUAAGUUGAAAUAAACAGUCUUCUCCCUAACUCUA